CCGCAUGCAUGAUGACGAGUGCGAUGGUCUUUUCAAUCGAUCGGUUUGUUCCAUAGGGUUUGUUCGUUAGUUUCGCUUUUAGCUGUUCGAUGCUGAACGGCUCUUGUGUUCUCGUCGUUUGUGCUGAAGUGAAAACGUGCUGACGGUCCACUGAGUGCAAGCUUGGAAGAGCGGCUUUAUUAGGGUGGCUCCAAAAGCGGCGCUUCAAAUGGCGGAGCCAUUCACUCCGGCAGUUGCCUGCGCGCCCGUAGUAAAAGUCGAAAUCAGCGUGUCCUGUAGGCAACUCAAGUUGAAGGAUGUUUUUUCCAAGUCAGACCCUAUGUGUGUUUUGUUUAUGCGGACUUGCAACACUGACCAAUGGUGGGAGGUGGGGCGCACAGAAAUGAUACGUGACUGUCUUGACCCUGACUUUGUGACAAAGUUCAUAGUGGACUAUUACUUUGAGGAGCGUCAACAGCUUAUGUUUAAAGUGUAUGAUGUUGACAGCAAGAGCGUAAACCUUCAAAGUCAUGAUUUCCUUGGCCAAGUUAACUGCACGCUGGGAGAAGUCAUUGCCUACCAAGGCACCCAAGUCAAGCUCCAGAUGUCGGGACUCCCAGGCAACUGUGGAACCAUCUUAUUGACCGUUGAGGAAGUACUUGACUGUAAGCGAGUGAUCGACAUGCAGUGGCAGGGAAAGAAGCUGGACAAGAAGGACUGGUUCGGCAAGUCGGACCCUUUUCUGGAGUUCUACCGUGUCAGCGAAGACAACAGUUACACAGCCGUGUUCCGUACUGAGGUAGUGAAAAGGCAACUGAACCCAACAUGGCGUCCAUUUACCAUUCAGAUGCAACAGCUGAGCGGUGGUGAUCAGGAUCGCACCAUACGGGUGGCCUGCUAUGACUGGGAUUUAGGUGGAGGCCACGACCUCAUCGGGGAGUUUCACACCAACGUGCGCACCCUAUCUGAGGGGCCAGGCCAAACAAACAAUUACGAGCUCAUCAACAAGAGCAAGCAGGCCAGAAAAAAAAGCUACAAGAACUCAGGUUUGGUGAAGCUCGUGUCCUUUUUGAUCAGAGAACAGGCCACAUUCCUCGAUUACAUUCGUGGUGGAAUGCAGAUGCACUUCACGGUAGCCGUGGACUUUACGGCCUCCAAUGGGGACCCUCGAGACCCUACGUCCCUACACUUCCUGGAUCCAGUGCGACCCAAUGCAUACGCUAUGGCCAUUCGGGCGGUGGGAGAGGUGAUCCAGGACUACGACUCGGACAAGAUGUUUCCUGCUCUGGGCUUCGGAGCACGCCUGCCACCUGAUGGGCGUGUUUCACAUGAGUUCUUCCUGAAUGGCAGCUCCACAGACCCAUACUGUGCGGGCAUACAAGGUGUUCUGGAAGCCUACCAGAGGACCCUCCAGUCUGUUCAGCUGUACGGUCCCACCAAUUUUGCACCGAUUGUCAACCACGUGGCAAAGUUUGCAAGAAGUUACUGUGAUGGCCGAAGCUACUUUGUGCUGCUCAUCAUCACAGACGGUGUCAUCAGCGAUAUGCCACGAACUAGGGAGGCCAUUGUACAGGCUUCCUCCCUGCCCAUGUCAAUCAUCAUCAUAGGUGUGGGCAAUGCCGAUUUCUCAGCCAUGGAAGCCCUUGAUGGAGAUGCCGUGCAGCUUAGCUCAGGUUUCCAGCAAGCUGAACGAGACAUUGUCCAAUUUGUGCCCUUGAACAAGUGCCUUCAAGGUGGUGGCACCUGGCAGAGCAACCAGAUGCAGCUUGCCAAGGAGGUGCUGGCCGAGGUCCCUGGACAGGUCACUUCUUACAUGUACAAGCACAACAUCAAGCCUGGACUGGGCCAGGAGACCGUAGCCCCCCCUGUAACUUAAAUAUAUGGGUAUAUUCAGACUGUGAAACCAAAAAAAAGAAAUUAAUGCUGCCCUUUAAUUUUUAAACAGGAACUGAACCUGGACCAGGAGACUAGCAUACUUGCUGCCAUUUGAGAGAUGAACCUGCUCUAUAAUGUGAAAAAAAAAAAUAAUUCCAAGGCAUUUUUGUGGUUGGCUUGACAAUGUUUUAAACAAAACAAACAACAUGUUUUGGCACAUAGAAAAGCUGUGAGUGAAGCCACAUCAGUUGUAAAAGAUUUAAAAAGACUCUAACCAGAUGUUUCAGGGGGUUUAUGCUAUUAUGAUGUUUUCACUUGGAGGAUACAAACUUCAGGAUGUAUCAGCUGAGCACAUUACAGAGAAGUUUGGGAUGUGUAAAACUAACUCUGGAGGCAUAAAAUUGCCAACCUCAGUGUUUUGCAUGUUGUGAGUAUGUGUUCUUGCUUACUCUGCUGUGUAUGGUUAAGGCAGAAGGCUCUGGCAUCAGUAUUAAGCUACCAUAUUCACCUCUGUGUACCUCAAACCCUUUAUUAAAGUGAAAAGUUGGAAAGUGAUGGGUAAAACCUACAUGUAUAUACAUUUGGGUUUGGGUAAGCUUUCCAAAUCUGUACUUUUUAAUGUUAACUAAAACUUUUCUGAGCACUUUGACUUGUAUAAUGACCAUACUCAUGCAGUGGCCACACCUGCCAGCUUUCUGGAAAAUACCCCCUCCAAGAUGUCUUUGGACUCUACCCAGUUUCAAGCUGCACCCUCUGACAUCACGAUAUGAGAAAUGCCAUGUUUCUGUGUAUCAAGUGACAAACCCAGCUCAUCUGUAAUGAUGUGCAGCAAAUGUUGUGUGGCCAUUGCUGCAUUUUGUUUGUGUUGGUGUUAUACUUACCCAGGACUCUGUGCGACCCUGUGGUAGCUUCCAUUUUCUGAAAACAGGUUAACUCAAACCCCCAUAUUUUUAAGCAAUCCUCCACUCAACUGAGUGGAGCACAGCGUCACCCCAUUGACUGAAAAAGAUGCUGCACUUCUCAGGGAUGCCUGUGGAGCACCACUGAAAAGCAGCUGUCCAGGGAUGGCACUGCCAUCAACUUCCUCGAGUAAAGGUGGAGGGCUGAGCGGAGUAACAUUCUAAAAUAUGGGGGGUCCCAGACUGUGCCCAUCAAUACACCACUACCUGCAAAGAGUGGGGCUACGCCCAAACUGCCCACCUGACUACCGCAUAUAUAUCUAUGGUAAGGUUCUCUCGUUACAAAAUUGUUAGCCGGUGAAAAAAGAACAUAUUUUUGUUAAGCUCAUAGUUGUAUGCUAUGGCUUAUCAUGCAGUUUUAUCAUCAUCAUCAU